AAGAGAAUUUGAGUAUUACGCAAGUAGCCUUCGGUUUGUUAAAUCCGUAAGCCUCUCAGCAAAUAAUUUAGUUGGCGAGAUCCCUAAUGGGAUAAUGGAACUGGUUCAAUUGCAAGUUUUGAAUCUUUCACAAAAUCAUUUGACUGGAAGGAUCCCCAAGAAGAUUGGCAACUUGAAGCAACUUGAAACACUUGAUCUAUCAAUGAAUGCACUCUUCGGUGCAAUCCCUGAAAGCUUAUCUGAUUUGUACUCAUUGAACUCUCUGAAUUUGUCACACAAUAAGCUUUCAGGGCCAAUACCAUCAGGAAAUCAGCUUCAAACCUUGACCGAUCCAUCCAUCUAUGAAGGAAACAGUGGACUCUGUGGCAAACCGCUCCCAAACAACUGCUCGGAACACAAAUUGCCUACCAAAAAUGGGCCUAUUGAUGAGGAUGAAGGACACAGCGAAUCUGAUUGGUCUUGGUUUUAUGCUGGAAUAGGACCGGGUUUUGCUGUCGGUCUCUUGGGAGUUCUGGGAAUCCUUCUCUUCAAGAAGUCAUGGCGCUAUGCUUAUUUCAAGUUUAUAGAAAGUGCCUGUGACAAAAUCUGGGUAAAGACUACUCGCUUGAGGAGGAAUUUCCGUUGAGCCCACAAUCAUUCAAGUGCUUGCUGCUGCUGUUGUUUGGCUCUCAGGAUGAGCAAUUUCUCUCUUGCUGCUGUUUUGUAUGAUUAUAUUUUGAGUGCUUGCUGUUUUUUCAGUUCUGUUUGGCAUCUGCUGAUGUAAUGUGAAAAUGAUAUGUCAAUAAAAGUUAUAAUAGUU